CCGAUGGGCAGGAGGCUGACUUGAAUCUCCUUUUUGUUCCUUGGCUUGGUCGGGUGCUUCAGGCCCACCCACAACUCCAGGAUGGCCUCUGGGCCUGUGCUCAGGACCAUACAAGCAGUGCUACAGAGAGAGAUGGUGCGGAACUUCCUGGGGGAGUUCAUGAGUACCUACAUCAUGAUGGUGUUUGGCCUUGGUUCCGUGGCUCACAUGGUUCUAGGAGACCAAAAGCUUGGCAGCUAUCUUGGUGUCAAUUUGGGUUUUGGCUUCGGAGUCACCAUGGGAGUGCAUGUAGCAGGAGGCAUCUCCGGGGCUCACAUGAACGCAGCUGUGACCUUCACCAACUGUGCGCUAGGCCGGAUGCCCUGGAAGAAGUUCCCCGUCUACGUGCUGGGUCAGUUCCUGGGCUCCUUCUCAGCGGCAGCUACCACCUAUUUACUUUUCUAUGGUGCCAUUGACCACUUUGCUCAUGGAGUGCUGUUGGUGACGGGCCCCAGGGCCACUGCAAACAUUUUUGCCACCUAUCUUCCUGAGCACAUGACCCUGUGGCGAGGCUUCCUGGAUGAGGUAUUCUUGACUGGGUUGCUCCAGCUGUGUAUCUUCGCUAUCACAGACAAGAACAACAGUCCAGCCCUCCAAGGGACGGAGGCCCUGGUGAUAGGCAUCCUUGUUUGCGUUAUUGGAAUAUCCCUAGGCAUGAACUCGGGAUAUGCAAUCAACCCGUCCCGUGACCUGCCUCCCCGCUUCUUCACUUUCAUUGCUGGCUGGGGCAUCCCAGUGUUCAGGCCUCCCUCUCUUUGUCUGCAGUGUCGGGGACAACUGGUGGUGGGUGCCUGUGGUGGCACCCAUCCUGGGAGCCUACAUAGGUGGCAUUGUGUACGUGGGCUUAAUUCACUCCAGUAUACCGCAGGAUCCUCAGAGACUGGAGAAUUCUGCAGCAGGAGAUGGGAAGAUAACCGUGUCCCCCAAAGAUCCCCUCAACCCUGUCUCUUCUACCCCAGCUUUUGUCCAGCCUGGCCCACCCCUAAGUGGCUCUUUGCCUCUAGAGCGCUUCUAAGUGGAGCUUAUCUGUGACCACAACUCUACCACAAUAAAGCACACCUCAUGCCCAGUGGCUCUCUCCCCUGAGGCCUCCUGCA